AUGUUGCAGAUAGGCGAGAAACUGCUGAAUGAUAGCUUCCUAUUGGAAGACUCGGAGCAAGAUCAAAGCGAUGAGAGACAAAAACUUCCCAAAGUUUUUCAUAGAGAUAGUUCGAUUAGGUUGUUGGAAGUUCUUGUAUCAGUAGCAGAUCCCAAUUUAUUCAAGGAUCAGUUGUACAAAAGACUUUUCCAAGGAAAUGUUCUUCUUCUUAGCCAAACGCGAGCCACAAAUUUCUCCGUUCAGAAAUUUUUAGACUGUGUGUCCGACAAGCAUAUCCUUGAGCACGUUUUCUCCGAGUUAGAAGUUGGUCUGGAAGAAAUUUUGCAGCUUGGUCACACCGGAGUGGUGGCUUCCCUUGCUAAAGCUUGUUCUCGACUAGCUUGCCAACAGGGAAAGUUUGUCAAAUUGCUGCUGGAAGCACUGCACUGUUCCGAUGCUACCGGUGUUAAGCUUUUGACACCGGUUCUGAAUUUAAUGCCUCCGGAGAAACAAUCUUCCGUUCAAAUACACCUGCAUGGAUCGUUAAUUCUUCAGGCCAUAUUAGACUUUAAUAAACCAAUUAAGCUGGUAACGGCUAUCUUGGAGACAAAAAAUGACCAGUUAGCUAAAGUAUUCACUGAUCCGAAAGGGUCUUUCAUCGUCAACGCGUUCAUCGCAUCGAAAUUCGUCGGAGAGAAAUCCCGCGAAAAGUUAAUUCGUCAUAUGGAAGGAUGCUACAUGGAUUUGGCACUCUCGUCACAUGGUUCGCGUGUUUUGGAGCUCCUGUAUGAAUCAGCAGGAUCAUCCCAGAAGGAAGCUAUUGUACGGGAAUUAUCGGAACGAGUUGCUCAGCUCAAUAGCAAACCAUGGGGAGUGAUUAUCAACCAAAAACUGAGGGUUGAAGUGUACCGACAGAAUCCAUCACAGUGGAAAAAUUCUUCAAAGGCCAUUGGAGGUCAGAGGGCAGAAAAAAUCUUCGAUGACAUCGUUGAUACGGGCAGCCGAAGUAAGAAGCGUAAGUAA